UGGUGCUCAGCCACCCCUCCCCCUCUUCCUCCUGCUGAGUUUCGUGAGAAAACGAUCCAUUUAAAAACCGUCUGCCUAAAACCGAACGUCGACCAAGUCUACGGUUCUGGAGAUGUGAUGGAUUCUAACGGGUUGUUCCCGGAAAAGCAUGUUUAAAUGCAUAAUCAAGGGAGACAAGAGACGGGAUAAACAAGGGGUAGCGUUAGCAGGCGGGCGAGAGCAAUUGCAGAAGACAAAGGUAACUGUGCUACGAACUAUGUGAUGAAUUAACAGUCGAGAAGAACAAUUGGGAGUGUGCAGGAGGCAGUUUGAAAAAAGCUCCAGAGAUUGUCUUUUGAAAUAUGAACAGAGCGACAUGCUUUUUUUGUCUCCAUCUCUUGAGCUCUCGGUGGUCGGGAAGCAUAACAACCCUAACAUGACGAUGCCCUGAAAUGGUAAUGACAGUCAGUCAUUAUGAGAAGCUAAACUGUAACUGUUAGAGACAUAUCUGCUCUUCAUGGAUAUACAGGGAGAAAGGAGAGGUUCGGUUAAAAACACAUUAUCAGGAAAAAUGAUGGUUUGAGAGGCUAUAGCUUAGAUGUUUGAAGGGACAUGUAUUCGAUUCUUUGCGUUCAAGUCGAAAAUCGAACUCAAGCCACGAACGCUGGCACUCUGAAAUCUAUAACGAAACGCACAAGCCACUGCAGAGAUUGAGUGGCUUUUCCCACAUUUUUUUCUUGCUAAGUGUGUAUACUUGAAGACUAUAGGCUACAUGUUGAUGAAAGAGACUGACAUAGAUCUACUUAUGAUAUAGUUUCAACGAAAGCACAUAGCGGUCUAUAGGCUACUUUCAGCACCUCGGACAGCGACCAAAAUGACACGGCUGCGCAAGAAAGCUUUCAUUGCACUUUUCUUAUUCACUCUUUUCAUCUUCGGGACCAUGAUGGGCCUCAGAACACUGAAACCCAGCGAUGGCUUCUCAGACCUUGCCCCGGGGAUGGGAGAGUUUGUGAGGGAAAGAGGAGGCGACCAUCGACGGCCAGUCUCAAACGACAUGGUAGUUUCCCCUGGUCAGUCCCAUCUAGCCAGCGACACCAAAGUCGUCUUCACAAAAUCCGACCGUGACUACAGUAUAUUCUACGACGUACAAAUAUUCUAUUACCUGUGGUAUGGCACCCCACAGAUGGACGGUAAAUAUAUUCACUGGGACCAUGUGCUAGUGCCGCACUGGGACCCUAAGAUCGCCCCCAGCCACGCCAAAGGAAGACAUACUCCUCCAGAGGACAUUGCGUCGAGUUUCUUCCCGGAGCUAGGACCAUACAGUUCUAGAGACCCCUCCGUGCUGGAGUCACAUAUGUCGCAAAUUGAAGCGGCUGCAGCAGGUGUACUGGUUCUGUCCUGGUAUCCACCUGGCAUUGCAGACAACCAUGGUGAGCCAUGUGAAGACCUGGUGCCUGCUGUCAUGGACGCUGCCCACAGACACAGCAUCAAGGUGGCGUUCCACAUCCAGCCGUACAAGGGUCGGACCGACCUCAGCAUGCAUGAUAACAUCAAAUACAUCAUUGACAAGUACGGGAACCACGGCGCCUUCUACCGCUUCAGGUCGACUACAGGGCGGAUCCUUCCUCUGUUCUAUGUCUACGACUCCUACCUGACCUCGCCUGAAGCCUGGGCCGACCUGCUCCACCCCGCCGGCGCCCACACCCUCCGCGGCACGCCCUACGAUGGUGUCUUCCUCGCCCUGGUUGUAGAGGAACGCCACAAACAAGAAAUCCUGGCCGGUGGCUUCGACGGCAUGUAUACGUACUUCGCCUCCAACGGCUUCUCCUUCGGCUCCUCUCACCAGAACUGGAAGGCAGUUAAGGCCUUCUGUGAUGGUAACAACCUGCUGUUUGUGCCCAGCGCCGGGCCAGGAUACGUCGACACCGCAGUGAGGCCAUGGAACAACCACAAUACGAGGAACAGGGUCAACGGACGCUAUUACGAGACUAGCCUGCAGGCGGCGUUGUCUGUGCGGCCGGAGAUUGUGACCAUCACGUCAUUCAACGAGUGGCACGAGGGGACACAGAUUGAGAAGGCGGUGCCUAGGAAGACGGUGUCGCGGCUGUAUCUCGACUACCAGCCCCACCGGUCAGAUCUGUACCUGGAACUCACCAGGAAGUGGGCCGAACACUUCAACAAGGAGAAAGACAAGUGGCUCAUGUAGUGGACAGGACUCCUGACUGGACUGGGUUCGAUGGGAAUAACGCCUUUUGGGUGUGACUGGAGCAAGUAAAAAUGAGGAGCUUUUCACACUACUGAGCUGAACCGGACCGAACCAAACCAAGCUGCAUUGAGCGGGCCUGGUUAGUGGUUACACGUCCUCUAUAGUUGCUGGAACCAUGUUGGAAAGAAAAAUAGCACAUCCAGCACAGUUUGAUUUGGGUCAUGAUAGUUUGAAAAUGGUAGGAGUGGCCUCACUGCUGGGUAUUCUGGGUCGAUAGGAACUCCUCUAUGGAUUUAUUUAGACAGUGAAGCUAAAACUUGCAAAUUUGGCCAUAUUCUCCAGCAUUUUGGAUUUGAGAUAAAAUAUUUCAUAUUAGGUGAUAGUACAGAAUGUCACCUUUUAUUUGAGGGUAUUUUCAUACAUAUGUUUUACUGUUUAGAAAUGAAAUACCUUAAUGUAUCUAGUCAACCCGUUUGAAUACCUUAUUUUUUUCAUAAGUAUUUGGACAAAUUCACUUAUAGUGUAUUAAAGUAGUCAAAGGUGUUGCAUUUGGUCCCAUAUUCCUAGCACACAAUGACUACAUCAAGCUUAUGACUCUACAAACUUGUUGGAUGUAUUUGCAGUUUGCGUUGGUUGUUUAUCGGAUUAUGUUUUUCCCAAUAGGAACUAAAUGGUCAUUAUAAAAUGGGUGGUUUGAGCCCUGAAUGCUGAUUGGUAGACAGCCAUGGUAUAUCAGAUUGUAUACCACAUGUAUGACAAAACAUUUAUUUUUACUGCUCUAAUGAAGUUGGUAACCAGUUUAUAAUAGCAAUAAAGUACCUCGGGUUUGUGGUAUAUGGCCAAUAUACCACGGCUAAGGGUUGUAUCCAGACACUCUGUGUUGCGUCGUUCAUAAGAACAGCCCUUAGCUGUGGUAUAUUGACCAUAUACCACACCCCCUCAUGCCUUAUUGCUUAAAUAAUGUACUGGUGUCACUUUUAUUGCUUCAUUGUCCAAAUAAAUACAAAGGGGAGUGUAUGCCUUUGACUGGAACAAAUGGGACUGAGACUGCUCACACCAUUGACUUAAGCCAGGUGGAAUUGUUUCAAUCAGAGGGCAAGAUGGUGGUUCCACUAUAUUGCUUACACCCAUACAAUCCUAUUACACUUAUCCAACCCUCUCAGAUCUUCCAAAGUGUCUAGGGUGAGAGGGCUAAUGGUUGAUUUGGGAUUCAGGGUUACACUCAUGAUUUAACCUGUCUCUGUGUUCAUCAACUCUUCUGUUCUCUCAAAUGAACAUUCCAGAGGACUUUUCAUCACGAUACCUGGUUUCUUUUUGAACAUCUGAAUAUACAACAACGUUUAAUCGGUUGGUUACCUCGACUUAUGUAGGUGGCAAGAAACUGUCUGUUUUGAGUGACUUAAGUCUAUUCCUUUCAAAUUAGUUAUGUUAUGAUGAUUGCCACAGUAAUGAUAGAGCCAUUGGGAUCAUGUAGUGUGGGUGAAUUCUGUUGUGAUGAUAGAGCCAUUGGGGUUGUGUAGUGUGGGUGAAUUCUGUUGUGAUGAUAGAGCCAUUGGGGUUGUGUAGUGUGGAUGAAUUCUGUUGUGAUGAUAGAGCCAUUGGGGUUGUGUAGUGUGGGUGAGCUUUGAGACUUUCUGACUUAUUCUUUCCUGUAUUACUUUGAAAUGGUGAAAAAUAAAUGUAUUGUCUGUUUCCUAUCUGAGAAUACUUUGUGUUUGAAAUAGGGUGGGUUCGACUAAGCCAAAUCAGCAACGGUCAGAUCCACCAUUUGGGAAGGAGCCUGUUCUGUAUUACACUCUUCUAUCAUUGUCAAGCCAAACUGUAAUAGCUACUUUAUCAAUUAGAAACCAUGGGGUCAGUGCUGAAUCGGCUGACUACCAACACCUUGUGGACUACCAGUGGAGGCUGCUGAGGGGAGAACGGCUCAUAUUAAUGUCUGGAAUGGGUAUUAUUAUGAGCCAUCCUACCCUCAGCAGCCUGCCUCCACUGUUCGCUACACUGGCUGUCCUGCUCCACACACACACAGUACCCAAGCACAUCACCCGUUAACACCAACUACCCAACCAGGCUUUGGCGUUGUGCGGUUAUAUAAAUGUCAGGCUUCACAGCCCCGUGCGAUGGCAGGCCCCAACGCUCCUCAUCAUUACUGAUCUUUCUAGGGCCAGGUGACAGAUCAGAUGAUGUGUUCGUACCAUUAUAGCUCAAUGGUUCAGAUGACGUGUUCAUACCAUUAUAGCUCAAUGGUUCAGAUGACGUGUUCAUACCAUUAUAGCUCAAUGGUUCAGAUGAUGUGUUCCUACCAUUAUAGCUCAAUGGUUCAGAUGAUGUGUUCCUACCAUUAUAGCUCAAUGGUUCAGAUGACGUGUUCAUACCAUUAUAGCUCAAUGGUUCAGAUGAUGUGUUCAUACCAUUAUAGCUCAAUGGUUCAGAUGACGUGUUCAUACCAUUAUAGCUCAAUGGUUCAGAUGACGUGUUCAUACCAUUAUAGCUCAAUGGUUCAGAUGAUGUGUUCAUACCAUUAUAGCUCAAUGGUUCAGAUGAUGUGUUCAUACCAUUAUAGCUCAAUGGUUCAGAUGAUGUGUUCAUACCAUUAUAGCUCAAUGGUUCAGAUGAUGUGUUCAUACCAUUAUAGCUCAAUGGUUCAGAUGAUGUGUUCAUACCAUUAUAGCUCAAUGGGUCAGAUGAUGUGUUCAUACCAUUAUAGCUCAAUGGUUCAUACCUCAGAAUGUCACCCAUCGAAGGGCAGUGAACUGUGAGAGAGACAGAGAAUAUAGAGAUAGAAGGAUGAAAAUAGAAUUUGACUGACAAGACAGUGGGAGUGCAUGAAUAAAUAAAUCAUUGACUUU